AUGGCAGGUUUAAAAACAUACGAAUUAAGAACUAAGUCUAAGGAUGAAUUAGAGUCCCAAUUAAUCGAUUUAAAGAAAGAGUUAGCGGAAUUAAAGGUUCAAAAAUUGUCCAGACCAUCUUUACCAAAGAUCAAGACUGUCAGAAAGAACAUCGCCCGUGUUUUAACUAUCGUUAACGAACAACAAAGAAACGCCGUCAGAGAAUUAUACAAGGGCAAGAAGUACCAACCAAAGGACUUAAGAGCCAAGAAGACCAGAGCUUUAAGAAGAAAGUUAACCAAGUUCGAAGCUUCCAGAAUCACUGAAAAGCAAAGAAAGAAGCAAAUUGCUUUCCCACAAAGAAAAUACGCCAUCAAGGCUUGA